AUGCUGAUGCUCAACCAAAGCUCGCCAUCGGCAGCAGCUCCGCCUCCUUCCUCCUCCCAAAAUAACCAUCCCUCUCUCGAUCCACCAUCGUAUCUUCUGCCUCCCAAGACACGCACAACAACACCUCCACACCCGCCGCCUAUUCGCCUCUCCAAAAGAAGACCACGCGCUGGUUUGACAACGCAAGGCCUGUUGUGCGACUCCGACGGCCUCCCCCACCUGAUUGUGAGCGGCGGCCAGAGGCACUGGGGUGAGUUCGUAACUAAAGGGGUUCUGUUCCACGUCGCUGGGUGGAUCGGGUUGGUGGGCCGGAGCUACCAGAUUGCCAUUGGUGGUGAGAAGAAGCCUGUCAUCAUCGAUGUUCCCCUAGCUACUGGGAAUCUGGGAUGA